GUGGAAACACGUUUUUUUUUCAAAUCUCUAGUAAAGAUGAAAUCUCAAAAUGUCCCACAAAUAAGUGAUAGGUCCCACAGAAAAUAAAGGAAAGAUGGGAAUUAGUAAAUACCAAAUGGGUGCCACGGUACUUUGGACCUGUGAUUGGUAACAUGCUCAUUUUCCCCAAUGAUGCAGCAUUAAUCCAGUGGUUUGCCCUCCGACAAUGACACAGACACUGUUUGACGUCCUCUUUCAAUGAUGGGAGCAUCUCCUCCGCGGUUUGUUGCUAGUAAUAUCUUUAAUCUAGGGCUUUAUAGCAGCUCUUGUAAAGAUUUAUUCUUUCCUAUUAAGCCAUUCCGUAUGUGAUGUUUCCCAGGGAUGAUGAAAUGGCCUUGAAUCAUUAUCGACCCACAAGUAAGACUGUUGCUGGUUGCUCCAGAGACUGGCAGGAUUGUAGCUUUCCUCCUCCCCCAAACCUCCCGCCUCCUCCAUGGCAUUUGGCUGGCUUCCUCUCCUCCAGCUGCCGUUUUCACACCGGCACACGGUAAACAAUUAAAGGGGAACAAAUAGUGUGAAACCUGAACUCUGAGUCAGAGGCGGCAGCGACACGUCAGUGCCCAGAGCCAUGAAAUUAUGCAGCAGAGGUUGUAAAUCCCAUGCGUUUCACUCUUGCCGAUCCACGGUAAUCCUGGUGCAAGUAAACCCAGGUGAGGCCUUCACUAUUCGACGAGAGGAUGGUCAAUUUCAGUAUAUAACAGGUCCUGCUCAGGUCCCCAUGAUGUCUCCAAAUGGUUCAGUGCCUCCAAUCUAUGUGCCUCCUGGAUACAUUUCACAAAUCAUUGAAGAGAACGGAGUGCGGCGGGUCCUGGUGUUGCCACAGCAACCGGAGUUCCAUCCGGGUGGCCACUCACCUCUCCACCAUCCUCCACCGCCCCCCCAUGCCCACCUACCUGCCUUCAUCCCACACCCAGCCAUGAUGCCCCCGCCCCCUCACCUGUACACCAGCAUGGCAGGCGGAGUGGGCGACAUGAGCACGCAGUACAUCUCCCAAUAUCAUCCGGCCCACAUCUACUCAGAGCAGGUCUCUGCAGAUUCCCACUCCCAACACGGCCGCCCGGCAUUUGUCAACAGAGAUGACAGAACAAGCAAAACGUACGAGCGCCUUCAGAAGAAACUGAAGGACCGACAGGGAGGUAGCAGCGGAGGAGGAGGGCAGGUGAAGGACAGCCCUCCACUUUCGCCUCAGAAGAAAUGUGGAAGCCCCACAACGCUUGACGUCCGCAACGGUGUAGGAAGCAAAGGGUCCGAGGCAGAGCAGACUGGUCAUGUGGUGGACAAGCAAGGCCGGGGAAAAAACGGAGAGGCUAGAGAGCUGGAUACAGCAGCACAAGCCCUACAAGCACUGCUAAGCACCAUCAAUAAACCAGUGGUGUCAGACAUCCAGGCCCGGGCGGUAGAAGCAAGCUGGAGCAGACCCAAGACUGAAGACGACAGCAUCCUCACAGGGACCCUCAGCUAUGAGGUGUCCAUCUCAUAUAGCGGCAAGGAAGGGAAGUACAAGAGCAUGUACUGUGGCGAGGAAUUAAGUGCAACUUUAGAGAACCUUCGACCAGCAACAGACUAUCACAUCAGGGUCCAGGCAAUGUGUAACUGUUUACAAGGAAGCCCAUCCGAGGCCGUGAGCUUCACCACGCUAAGCUGUGAGCCGGAGCCUCCCAAUGCUCCCAGGAAGGCCAGCGGGACCAAGAACUCUCUCGUACUACAGUGGAAGGCUCCAUGUGACAAUGGUUCAAAGGUCCACAACUACAUUCUUCAAUGGGAUGAGGGAAGGGGAACUGGAGUGUUUGAGCAGUGCUACUAUGGACCGCAAAAACAGUACAGAGUGACCAAGCUUUCGCCAGCCUCCAGAUAUUCCUUCCGCCUCGCAGCCAAAAAUGACAUGGGCGUCAGUGAAUUCAGUGAAUCUGUGGAGCUGUUCACCUCAGGCAGCGUCCCAUCGCCACCCUUCCCUCCAGAGCUGGAGAUGGCCGGCAUCACCUGGCUAUGUCUCAAGUGGCAUCGACCCAGCAGCUCGCCCAAGGAGGACGAUGUCUGCUACAUCCUGGAGAUGGAGGAGGAAGGCUCGGGUUACGGUUUCCAGCCAAGCUACGAUGGCGAUCAACUCAACUGCAUGGUCAGGAACCUCCACAGGAGCACUAAGUACAAGUUCCGGGUGGCGGCGUACAACUCUGAGGGCAAGAGUAACCCCAGUCCGGUAGUGGAAUUUAUCACCAACCCAGACAGACCCAGUUGUCCCUCUAGGCCCAUCAUCAAGGGCAAAGUCCUGCCCAACAGCUUCAAGUUGGCCUGGGAUCCCCCAAAAGAAAACGGUGGUGCAGAUGUCACCAAGUAUGUUGUGGAGAUGUCUGAGGGUUUAAGUGGUUUGUCAUGGGAGUUGGUUUAUUCAGGCCCAGCCAUGGAGCAUGUGUGUGAUGGCCUCAAGCCUGGCUGCUCCUACCAGAUGAGAGUGUACUGCAUUAGCGAGGGGGGGCAGAGCCCGCUGUCAGAGACCCUGCAGGUCCAAACUCCAGCAGUGCCUCCUGGGCCCUGCCAAUCCCCCCGACUGGUGGGCAAGCCCAAAGCCCGAGAAGUGCAACUGCGCUGGGCUACUCCUCAAGUGGAUGGCGGCAGCCCGGUGUCGUGCUACAUUGUGGAGCUGAGCGGCCCACAGUCGGAAGAGAGCAGGGAGGUUUACCAGGGGCCCGAUUUGGACUGUUCUGUUGGGGGCCUGUUGCCUGGCAGGACCUAUGGCUUCCGGCUCAAGGCGGGAAACAAAGCUGGGUUUGGGCCUCUCUCCGAGCGCUAUGAUGUCACCACUGGUCCCGGUGCCCCCGAGCAGUGCAAGGCUCCUUCCAUCGUGUGCAAAUCACCCAGCUGCGUUGUGGUCAGUUGGGAGGCCCCACCUUGCAAUGGAGCUCCGGUGACUGAGUUUCGUCUGGAAUGGGGGGCCGCCGAAGGCAGCAUGCAGGUUUGCUACAGCGGAGCGGCCGUCAGCCACGAGAUGAAAGGCCUGUUGCCCGCUAACAACUACUUCUGCAGGGUGCAGGCUUUGAAUGUGGCAGGUGUAGGCCCCUUCAGCGAGGUGGUCUUAUGCCAGACUCCCUGCUCAGUCCCUGCUGCCAUCUGUAACAUUAGCGUCAUGAAGGAGUCCGAGCUCAUCAGGUUUGGUGAUCCCGAGAAGAAUGAGGAGGAAGGCGUCAGAGUGCCGCCUCUCUAUUCACCAUCCACUUGCUUGGGCAUCUGCUGGGACCCCCCCUGCGACCACGGCUCUGAGAUCACAUCCUACCUGAUCGACCUGGGCGAGCGCCAGCCAGUCCUGGUCGGCCCAGUCACAAAACAUGUCAUCCAACACCUGCAACCCGACACCAGCUACAGGAUGCGAAUCCAGGCUCAAAAUAGCUUGGGCACGGGACCUUUCAGCCAGACAUUUAAAGUGAAGACCAAGCCCCUUCCCCCGCAGCCGCCCCGCCUGGAGUGCGCCGCCUUCAGCCACCACACCCUCAGGCUCAAGUGGGGCGACGGUCCAGCGAAAGCCGCCGCCUCAGACCCCCUCCAGUAUCAUCUACAGACGGAGGACAAGAGUGGCAGGUUUAUCUCCUUGUAUGAAGGAACAUGCCACACCCACAAAGUGCAGAGGCUUAAUGAGUCUACCUCCUACGCGUUCCGCAUCCAGGCCUUGAACGAGGCGGGCUCUGGGCCCUUCUCCGCUGUUUACACCUUCACCACCCUGCGCUCUCCGCCAGCCUCCCUCAAAGCCCCAAAGGUGGAGCGAGUGGACGACAGUUCCUGUGAGGUGAGCUGGGAGGCGCUGUUGCCCAUGAAGGGCGACCCAAUUGUCUACACUCUGCAGUUCAUGAUGGGAAACACCGACUUCAAGCAGGCGUACAAAGGUCCUGGCACUUGCUUCACAGUGCAGCACCUCCACCCCAACAGCGACUACCGCUUCCGGGUGUGCGCCAUCCGCCAGUGCCAGGACGCGCCCGAGCUAAGCGGCCCCUACAGCCCCACCGUGACGCUCGCCGUCCAGCGGGGGGGCGACGCCGCCCCCUCGGCGUCCUCUUCCUCUUCGAGGGUGGCUGCCUCGUCGACGUCGGGCCAGGCUGGCCGCAGCCUGACGGACGAGCAGUGCGCCUUCCUGCUCCUGAUGGUGUUCGCCAUCAUCGCCAUCCUCAUCGCGUUCGUCAUCCAGUACUUUGUCAUCAAAUGAGCGCCGCCAACAGGGCACCACGGUUGUAACAGCUUUAUUAUUUUUUUUUUCUUUUUUCACACUUUCUCCAUCUCUUGCUUUCCACCUACGACGACCCGUGGGGGCUUCUCGUGACGUAAAAGAGUAUAUACUUUACUCCUAAAAAUGAGGGAUAGUGGGUGAAAUUUCUGGAUGAUCCUAAAAUGCCCUGAAACUCUUAACGGCUGGACUUAAUUUGACCAGUAAACUUUCAGUACUUUUUGCACAACUUGCUUUUCUCCAACAAGAAACUGAGCUGUAAAUUUCCAAGUAAGUCUGCUUCUAUGCCUUUCUGUGAUUCUUCCAGUCUCUCUGCGGCAGACACUCUUAAGAUCAGUGGGUACUUCCUGAUCCGAUGUUCUAAGAUUGAGGCGGGCACUGACAUUCUACCAUGGGUGUCAAAAACUCAUCACUUGUGGAAAGGUCAAAUCACCUUGUAUUAUUUUGAUGGCAAAUUCAAGUACUAUAAAAUCACAAACUAUGGAAAAUAGUGACCACCAAUUUUACAAGUAUUUUUUUAUUUCUGCCCAGGUGGAUUUGGUAGGGAAAAACUGCACUUAUGACACAUAGUUUUAGUUAUAGGGCUACAAAAACAAUAUAUGAGAGGCUGCUACAAAGAGACCGAAAUAGUCACAGGCAUAAAAUUUGAUGUACGUCCUUGGAAAUUUCAACUUAUGAAGUUGGCUUUUCAGUUUCUUGUUCCAGAAGAUGAUUUGUAAAGCAGCAACGCUGUGCAUGUAGCACGUACACAAUCAUGAAACCCGUGUUACAUAACAGACUGUACUCGAACUGUGUUCUCAUGGGGCUAAUCAAUAGUAUUAGAUAGCAUACUAGCUUUAAUAACAUGCCAGUAAAAACCAGUACUUGGGGGACAAAAAGCUACAUUGGGAAAAAUCAAUGGCAUACUUGCUGUGAAUGCAUGUUAGAAAGUAGCAAGUUGUGCAAAAAUAACAAACAUUGAACAGCUGGACAUUCCAAAUUUACCAAAGGACAAAUUUGGUUCACCUGUAAAUAAUAGGUAAGGUAGGUAAUAAGUGCAGUGUUUCUCAAAAUUUUUGCACAAACGACCACCGAGGAAAAAGGCUCUUCAAGCAGCACCAACAUUUUAAACUUGUACCUAAAUACGUGACUGUCUAAAAACAUUUUUAAAGAUGAAAUCCAAAUGGAGUGUCCUCUGAACUGAGAGUCACCGUUGUAGCGCAUUUUAGAUUUGUCCUAAAAGUCACCCCUAAAAAGGCCAAAAUCCCAAACAUUUUCUGAGUACUGUACAUGUGUAUGAUCCUUAUUUAUAUUUGCAGUCGUGUCCAUUAUGAAGCUAUUUUCCCAUGGAGAGAGAUCGUUUGUGGAGUGGCGGGGGGGAAGGGACCUGCUGCUGGUGCCAGUGAAUUUGCACAGUUGGGGGCUGGAGGACCACAUGAAGGGACUUAUAAUAAAAUCCCCAAAAUAUAUAUAAAAAUAAAAACCAGGCUGGAUUUUACGCAGUGAAAAUCCAAAUUCUAGAAGGUUAGCACUUUUUUUGUUUUUGUUUUUGUUUUUUUUUUUUUUGUUUUUUGUUUUGUUUUUUUUUUUUGAUCAUGUGGGGGGAUGUUCAAGCAUGCAAAAACGUGAGCGGAGAAAUCCUAUUUUUGUACAGCGUAAGCGGUGGGAGAUGACAAAGUGCUUGGUCGAAUAGAAAGAAAAAUAGUUAUACUUUUUUUUUUUUUUUUUUUUAACUCUCUUGAUAAUGGUGGUGGUGGUGGUGGUGAUGAUGCUGUAGCUUGUUUUUACAUUCACCAAGCAGCUGCUUGUUUUCGGAGUUCUUUUUCAGCGCCCUCACAGAAAAUGUUUUUUUUUUUUUUUUUUUUUUUUUGCACCUUAGUCCGGGUCUGCAUUUUACGUGGCACACUUUUAAAAAAAUAAUAAUUAGAAAAGUUGUCGUCGCUGAAACAACUGAGAAAAAGUCAGAAAAAAAAAAGUAGAGGCAAAAAACAAGUUGUUUCAGAGGCCUUAAUUGGGGGGAAAAGAAAUCUUAAUUUCAUGGUUUUUUUUUGGUUUUUUUUUUUUAAAGAGUUGGAAAACACUACAGUUUUUAUUUCCUUUUCAUUCUUUUUUCUACCUUUUAUUUGACAUCAGUAACGGGGAGGUAAAUUGUAGUUGUCUGUGCAUGUUUUGUUUGAAAUUUUGUUUUUAUUUUGGGCUCGUGCAGAAUUAUGUGUGAAGUAUAUUUUUUUUAUAUCCUAUGUAAUAAUAUAAGUUGAGGUAAAUAACGAUAUGCUGAGAGCACCCCAUCCGUUACAUUAUUACUUCUGUGUACUGCGAAAUCGUUUAAGACUUGUCAUUAGUCAGAAAAUUGCAACUGUGUUACUAAAUAAAAAAAAAAAAAAAAUUAUGAGAAAUCCAUAGUUAUCUUGCAUAAAUUGUCGAUUUGAUUCCUCAAACGUCCUUCCUCUGUCUCAGUCUCUCUUUUGAUAGCAACGUGUGCCAUUUAAACGUCAGCUGUUCGGUUUGGGGAGGUUCAAAAGAAAAAGUGACCAAAAAAAAAGUCAAAAUAUGCACAAAAAUGGAGAAAGAACCAUUUUUACGUCAUUUUAAUCUUUGCAGUUAUACCUCAUACACCUUACAUUCCAAAAAUGACUAAUUUGUUAUACGAUACAUACUUAGCGAGACAUAUCACUUUCCAAAUGUUAUGUGGGUGGGGAAAUGUAAUCAUAGAGAUGUAUUUAAAGUUUAUAUGUAUAGCCAUGAUAUCUACAACAGAAAAUCUCAUGCACAAUAAAAGAUUUAUUGUUCUUAAA